GCCAUGUUGUGUCUUGGGGGAUACAGAGAUUGUUUAGGAAGGAAUAGGGAAGCGGCGUUCUUCUGGAUUACGAAACGGGAAUUCGGGCUUUGAGCUUCGACUGGAAGACCGGGGGAGAACUGAAUCGAUCGCCAUGAGCCGUCCGUCCUCAGCGGGCGGCGGGGGCGGAGGGCUCGGCGCUGGCAAAGCGGGAGGCGGCAAGCACGGAGGCUCAGCCGGGGCUGCAGCCGCCGCCGCCGCGCUGCCGGCCGCUGCCUUGCCGGGCCAGGCGGCGGAGCUCACGGCGCUGUUCGAGUGCCCCGUGUGUUUCGACUACGUCCUGCCGCCGAUCCUGCAGUGCCAGGCCGGCCACCUCGUCUGCAACCAGUGCCGGCAGAAGCUGAGCUGCUGCCCGACCUGUCGCGGCCCUCUCACGCCCAGCAUCAGGAACCUGGCCAUGGAGAAGGUGGCCUCGACGCUCCCUUUCCCUUGCAAGUACGCCUCUGCCGGAUGCCUGCUGUCCCUGCACCACAGCGAGAAGCCGGAGCACGAGGAGGUGUGCGAGUUCCGCCCCUACACCUGCCCCUGCCCCGGGGCGUCCUGCAAGUGGCAGGGCUCGCUGGAGGCCGUGAUGCCCCACCUGAUGCACGCCCACAAGAGCAUCACCACGCUGCAGGGCGAGGACAUCGUCUUCCUGGCCACGGACAUCAACCUGCCGGGGGCGGUGGACUGGGUCAUGAUGCAGUCCUGCUUCGGCCACCACUUCAUGCUGGUGCUGGAGAAGCAGGAGAAGUACGAGGGCCACCAGCAGUUCUUCGCCAUCGUGCUGCUCAUCGGCACGCGCAAGCAGGCCGAGAGCUUCGCCUACCGCCUGGAGCUCAACGGCAACCGCCGCCGGCUCACCUGGGAGGCCACGCCCCGCUCCAUCCACGACGGCGUGGCGGCCGCCAUCAUGAACAGCGACUGCCUGGUGUUCGACACCUCCAUCGCCCACCUGUUCGCCGACAACGGCAACCUGGGCAUCAACGUCACCAUCUCCAUGUGCUGAGCGCCCCCCCCCCCCCCCCCCCCCCACCCCGUGUGCUUCAGGGCUGACUCUGAGGGAGGAAGGACUGCCUUUUGGCGCUUUUGUAAAGGGGAGGGGAAGAGAAACAUAUACAGGACGUAUCUUUUUCAGACGUCGCAGUCUCUUCCCACGUCCCAGAAAACAAGAUCUCCACGUCCUGGCGAGUCUGGACUCCCGAUAACGGGAUGCGAUGGAAGCAGGAGCAGCGACAGCUAGUCUGUCCGCGGUCGAACUGCAUUGCCUGGAUGGGUGGGGGCGUGCUUGUGCACGCUUGUGCACGCUCGUGAAACGCUUGUGCACAGUUCAGCCCGGGCAGAGGCAGGGACGCUGUUGGCGUGGGCGUAUAUCCCCGCCCGCGCCGGUGCCCUCCUCGGGUCUCCGGGGGGGGGCGUCUUGUGCCCAGGUUCCCCCUGGCGUGCGCGCCGGCAGAGGGAGACGCCCAGCGCUGCGCCGCUUGCUCGCCGGUGUAGUAGCAGCUUUUAGACGGCGUCUGCGGGGCGCUGAACGCGGCAGGCGGAGACGAGGGAGCCCGUCAUUAACGCCGCGGACUGGACCGGGCAGGAGCCGGUCGCGGUGUGGCGGCGUUGCCGGGAGAGACAGCGGCACACCAUGUGGAGCCUGGCAGGGCGCCAGAGCUGGCAUGUCAGAAAACGAGACCCCACUGACUCUACAGGCAGCACUGCAGGCUAGCUGGGCAGAGGAGGAGCAGUCGGCGUCGGGUGCAAGCUGUAGCUCUUCUGCUCCUUGGCUUUUCGGUGCAUUCAAGUGAACAGAGUGCCUAAUGCAGUUACUGAGGGGAAGGAGCAGGUGUAACCUGUGGACAGUGGAGGCUUACGCAAGGUGUGUGUAUGUAGGGGGUAGGUACAGACGGAAACAUGCAGAAAAGCUGCUCACAAAAGAACUGCAUUCUCAUUACCUCAGAUUUCUCAAAGACAUUUCAGAAAAUUUCGGAGCCACACAAGGCUUUUUUUUUUUUUAAUUUGCUUUGCUCUGGUGGACCAGAGCGGUAUUUUCCACACGGUUUUUAAUACCCUGUCCUUUCAUCCCUCUCAUCCGGCAGAUGCUUAAUCUGGUUUCACCUUGUCUGUUAGGGCUAGAGGACACAGGGCCCUCCCCUCCCCGUUUGCUUUCCAAGACUC